UGGGAUAAGGUAAGGGGAUCAAGAUGGGUUUCUUUCUUACUUCUUGUCCAUCUCUUUCUCUCAGUCACAAGAGAUUAUGUGCCAGUAAGAAAGGCAUCAAUGCCAAAGACAACCAGAUCACGCCAACAGAUAAAAAGUUGUUACACCAUUUAUUAUUAUGAACUUCACUUCACUUGCAUGUGAUUUAUUAUUUAUUUUUGGGGCUCUGCUGUUUUAUUUUAAAAUUGAUUUGCUUCUUUGGGAGGUGAAUCUGUUCUCGUUGUAUUAAGAAGACUAGCAGUUGUUCCCAACAAGGACUAAUCCACAACAAGAGACCUCUAGCUGUGUGUUUGUUGUGUCUACUGAGCAAGCCAACAGAUUAAGUUGCUUUUGCAUUGUGUUGCUUUGUUCCCUGAAAGGUCACAGUGACUUCUUUUGAGUCUUGUGUUUUGCUGUUUUCUGUUAUUAUUCUUUUAUCCAAAGGGCAUGCCACGGGACCACUCAGGCUCAUGUGGAUAUCUCACCCACUACAAUGGCUUACUGCAGCAGUUGCUUUAAUCUGUUGUUCCUGUUUUCCACAGUCAUGCCAGUCCUCUUAUGAGUGGUACUACAAAACUGGUCCAAGUUACCCGAUUUGGAGCUCAUGUGCCGCCAUGGGAAACAUGUUAAUUCUUAUCCCAAGUUGGCCAUGUAUGGACUGAAUUGGCUCUCUGCAGUGCCAGUACAACUGACUCUCUUCUGUCUAAGACAUAGGUAACCCAAUGAGUCAGGAUCUCAUGCCAUUAAAUGCUUUCACUGGGUCUCACUGGGUCUCACUGGGUUGCAUUGCUGCAGUAUCCCAGUAUCCUAUAUCCUAUUGCUAUUGUACGCAAAUUGAAAUCUCUUGUUUUUUGCUGUCUUAUACGGUUGUUAUGAUGAAAGACAAAGUUCAUGGUUAUGGUUAGGAAAUUACAUCAUGGGUAAGGGAAAACAUUCACCUGUUUACACAGUCUUGAACCCUGAUUACCUGACUUUAGGUCCAGAGUUGUUUGGGUUGGUUGGAACAAGACUUUUUAAUUUCUACUACAGCACUAAGACCAGGUUUCCCAAGUUGCCAUGAAUGUAUUGACAUUACUGUUAACUGAAUGGGUUCUACGUCUCUCACAGUUUUAAAGGGAUAACUUGUGCAGCAGCAGGAGACUGCACAACAAAUGGUCCGUAUUUGGCAGCUUUGGUAUUACACUAGGCUUACUGGCUUAACUCUUGGCAUGCUCUAACAAAAGACAUUCAGCAGGAUACCCAUAAACACGCAAAUCUUGCAUCGGGGGUGUCAACUCUCUCAGCCCCUUUUUCGAGAAACAGCUCAGCUAUCAACCAAACAACUCUGUUAUGUUACCAGCCAGCUCGACUUUUGCCCAAUUCAACGAAAGAGCUGAGCCAGGUGGUGUUCCCUAUGGGUAAUACCUUUGAGUACCUCCCAGAACAUCACUUCAAAAGUAACUGUCCCUUUAAGGGCAAAAUGUAGCUGUGUUUACAGAGACAUAUGGGUGCUUUUGUUAGUUUCCUCAGGCUCAAAUGAGACAUUGUUACAAAAGUCAAGAAGUCCAGUUUGAGCCAGAGUCCUUUGUGUGAACAAAGCCUGACAUGGAACCAUCAAAACCACCCAAAAGUGUGACCCAUAGGAUCAAUCGUAUGACUUAAUCUCAGUUAAUAAAGGUAUAGCCCAUUUAAGGACAUGGCAAGGCCACUAAAACCAUUGGGCCAGACUGAAAGUGAGGGUUGGUAUAGUCUGUUACCUUGACCUGGGAACUAUCUAUAAACCUUGUUUUUUGUCAGUGCUAUUAAGUGUUAUAGAACAAAGGUUUUCAUACAGUAUAUGUUGGUUCUCAUGGUUCAUACCUUGACAUAGAGGGAGAUCUCGUAGUCCUGGUCAGGGGGUGUUUUGCAGUUCUGGCGCAAAGGAGGCCGAGGGCUCUCCACCAUCUUGCGGGUCACCAGUUUUGCAUCCUCACCCUUCUCCUCUGUCACCUCGUCCGGCUUAGGCGUAUACGACUGGCCAUCCUCCAGCAGCACCACUCGUUUUUUCUUUGCCUGCUCAUCCCUCUUUUUGGUUCUGGUCAGGGUUUCGUCUUUGAUCACUGACUUAAGCUCCUUUAUCCAGUCCAUCUUCCUCCCUGGACUCUUCCUAUCUGGCGAUUUUGCUGCCUCUCUUACUGCUUCUCUCAGCGCCUCUCUUGCCAGUUCCUUUCUUCCUCUCUCAGCUUGCCAGGCGUCUUUCUUCACAGGCCUCAAUUCUUUUCUCCAGUCUUUGACCUUUGUUACUCUCUCUUCUUUGGGUUGGUCUUUUUUAAUCCAGUCAGUAUCUUUUCUCCUGGCUGAUAGCACUUUUGGUGCCUCCAGUUCCUCUCUUCUUGGCGGCUGCUGCUCAGGACACAAGACCCCAUUCUCCAUUUUUUGUUUCAGUCCUUUGACUCUUCCAUUUAUAUCCAACUCUGACUGCCUGAUGUCAGCUUUUGCUUCUUGGUCCAUUUCUAACUGAUCUUUUUUAUUUGUCUGCUUCUCGUCAUCCUCUGUUUUAUCUUUUACCUCGACUUUGGUGUCCUCAGAAAGGACAGGUAUGGCAGGAGGCCUUUGUUGUUCAAUUUCUUUACUCAUACCAUCCUCCAACUCUUCAACCUCAUCAUCCAAAAUAGUCACGGGCUCCUCUGCAAACCCAACACCUUCCUCUGCUUUUUGCUCUGCUCCUCUUCCUUUUUCAUCUUCAACAUGGGCCCUAUCUCUUAAAACUUCCAUCAGGUUAUCUUUCCAUUCUGCUCCCGUUUCUUUGGGAGACGAGGGAUGCUCUUGCGGAUCAUCUUCUCCCUCUGUGGAUGAGAUAAUUUCCUCUGACAGGACGUCAUCCUCAAUUAUCUCAGGUUCAUCAUCGAUGUCUUCCUCCAGCUCAAAGGCCUCCUCCACGUGUUCAAAUUCCUCAUCCUCCUCUGUGUCCAGUGUUGCCUCGACAUGCUGCUGCACUUGAUCGGAAAGAUCUGCCUUAACCUGAGCAACCCUUUCUGGGUAUUCAUCCUCACUGGAUGACUUUCUAAGAUGAUCUCCUGUCUUUCUGUCCUCAUCCUUACUUUGCCUCUCCCGGACAAUAAUUGCCAGAGCACUAAUCCCAACCUGUCGCAAAUGCUCUUCCUCGUGUUCCCUCUUGUUGAGCUCUACCAUCCUCGGUUUUUCUAUCUCAACCUCCUUCAGCAUCUUUUCGUCAAUAACCUGGUCUGAUUUCCCUGCCCUCUGAAUUUCUUUGCUCCUUAUGUCAAAUACAUCUUCAGAAGGAGACAUUACCCUUUCAGUAAUCUUCUUGGUUCCCUGAUGUUGAACUUUUGCCUCUUUGUGAACUUCCUUUUGCUUAGUGAUGUUACUACUAAUGGACUCCACUGCUUGUUUGCCAAAUUUUGAGCUGUCUUUGACAUCAAUGUUUUUAAUUUUGUCUUCAUUCUCCCUGAUAAGUCUAUUAGCCUGAUUGAACGCACCUUUAUUUACGCCAGUUGUUUGAAAGGGUUUGCCAUUGUUGUGAGCAACUGAGGCUUGGCGUGCUUCUUCUGGAAUACUGACCUCCUGAAUUCUCCUUAUGGGAACAGGACUAAUAACUUUCUCUGUGGGUUUACCACUAGUGGGUCGACCAACCACUUUUGUCUUGUCUGUGUCAUAGGUAGAUAAUGGUUUAGCCUCUCCUGACUCUUUAACAACAGGCACUCUGUCCCGAACAUGUCCUGCAACGUCAGCUCUCGACACUACCUGAUUUUCCUUUAACCCACUUCCUCUAUCGUUUUUCUUCCCCCAUUUUAUCCUGAUUUCUGGACUUGCUGCAUAUGCCUCUUGUACUAUUUCUCCAUCCUCCCUGUUAUCGUCAUCAUCUUCUCUGCUGUCUAAUAUCUGAACUCGACCUUUCUUAACUGUGAUCAGCGGUGAAAAGUGAAGUCGAUUCACAACUGCUGUUUGUGUGUCUUUAGGUCUUGCCUCAGCGGCUCUCACUCUUGUCUGAUCAUCUAUCAAAUCAAGCUCUUCAAGUGCAACUUCCAGUCCUUCCUCUCCAUUUUCUUCUGGACUUUGAGCUCUUGCCUCAGCCUCUCUCCUUACUCCGUUUGAUAACAAGGCUACUGAGAUAAUCCUCCUGUCAUCUAUGCUCUCAUCAACUUCCUGUGCCUCUCCUGCUUCUUCCAUCAUCAAAACAUCCUCCCCUACCUCCUCGGCUACUUCCACCUCAUCAUCUUCCUCUUCUGCCUCUUCUACAUCUCUUCCCCUCUGAAAAUCCAUGUGUUGAUGAAUACUUAGUGGGCUAUGGUAAACAGCUCCUUUCGAGAAUGCCGGGUUUGGACGAGAGCCUGAAUGAGCCAUCUCAAAGUUUUGGGAAAAUGACUUGACACUUACUCAGGGUUGGUUCGUGCCAGGAUACGUUUGUGAGUCCACAAGAUACUUUGUUUGUGGAAUCGGUCUGGUAGUCCAGUAUUCGGAGAUACUGAUGCCAAGACUGCAGAAAUUUCCAGUUUCGAGACCAGGUCCAAAAAGCAAACUAUGUUUAAGCUCCACAAAGAUUCAAAAAAGUCCUUUUAAUGUUUGAAGGCUAGGAAUCAAGUGUCUCAAAUUCCACAAGACUGCUCAAAUCCUUGAAUAACUCUGAAGUUCCUCUAUGGAGGAUGGUUGUUGUAAAAGUCCUGAUCUCCACAGUGGCACCAAAGUUGAUCUAAGAAGAGUUCUGAACUUUGUGAAAGACCGAAAACGGGCUCCAAAUGUAUUGGUUUCCAAAAAUAAAUUCCAGAUGCGAGAAAUUUACAUCUCAAGAUCAGCAGACAGUUUAUAAUUCAUGGAUGUAAUCAAGUUGAGGCUUAAAGUAAACACUUCUUUUGCUCUUUGCCUGCAGCUACUGGUCUCUGGUCUGGAAUUAGUACUGCACCUUAAGCAGAGUUAGACAUUGAUAAAUACAAUUUACCUCUCUCUCUCUCUCUCUCUCUCUCUCUCUCUCUCUCUCUCUCUCUCUUUCUCUCUCCCCAGAGGAUUAUGUGGAUGCUGAUCCCCACAUGACCUGGAGCUUAAACCCCUCUGCCACCCAGGGACUAGCACCACUUGAGGUGAAGUUCCCAACCACACACACACACACACGCACGCACGCACGCACGCACGCACGCACGCACGCACGCACGCACACACACACACACACACACACACACUUCUAUAACAUAAGUGAUUUGUAUGGCACUUCCCUGUUGCUCACUGGCAGCACUUGCAGGACCAAAAGGACAAUCAUCUAAAUAUUACGUUGUUUUUUUUUUUUUUUGUGCAGUGACUGUGACCAGAUCUCUCUGCUUAAACACCCGCUGAACACACUUUAUAUUCCAUACAUUAGUUCACAUUGACUAAUGCAUAACAGUCCUAUAACCUGCACCUGCCACAGGAGGGCAGACUUCAGAUAAUAUCUUGAAAACAAGAUGGGCAUGCCCAGCCUGAUCUUCAUGCUGCAAUAAUACAUAUAAACAAUUUUUGUUUUUUUGCAAAGUGAAUCUUGACUAUUACUUACUUGAAAUGUUUAUCAUACUUUUUAAUUAUCAAUAAUGUGUUAUAGGAGCUAUAAAAAAUACCAUAGUGAAAAUAACACUUAGCACAUUUCCAGCUAACUAUUUUAAUUCAAUUUAGUAGAUAAUGGAGACGUCUUAUUUUCUGUGUUCAGAGACCUAAAUAUAUGUAUAAAAAAAAGGUCAGAUAAAAUGCAAUGCAUUUCCAAACAUGACAAAUGAUGUUGCGUUCACGUACACCUCGAAGUCUACCUUAGGAAGGCUUUCUUCUUCUUCAGUGUCUUCAAAGGAUCUUCAAAGGAUCCAUAAUAAAAUUGAGAAAUUUCGCUUGGCAUUGAAUCAUUUAAUGUCUAAUAAGAAAUAGGUUAACAUUCAAUUUCAGUACAAUAAAAUUUUAUGUUAAGUUGGGUACAUUUUAAUAGAAAAUAAGGCCCACAUCAAAGAAAAAGUUGUAGUUUUUUUCCCCAGAGAUUACAAGUGAAGUCAUUUUAAAACAUUUCAUAAUACGAUGGCCUUAGUAUCGUAACCAUAGACUGUAUAUAGAAUGGACAGAGUCUGCCUCCUCGCUGGGUGAGGCCACUCCGAGAACAGCAUCCUCUGUUGGCGGGCUGCAGUAUAGGUCAUAAAUCCCGCCUCUGCCAGCAAAGCUUGUGGAGCUGUGGACAAACUUUUGAAAUUUUAAGUUUUUUGUUGUUCCUCUUCUUAAUUCAUGGGAUACGUGUUUUUUUUAUAGACCGAUGUUGAGUUCUGAACGUAAAACAACACCGCACUCCAUUUUGAUUCGUUUUUUCCUACAGUACGUGAACGCAACGACUUUGCUCCACCGGAAAUGCAUAACGGCUGGUUCGCACGUCAUCUCCUUUAUCCUCUGCGCAAUGCUAACAGAAUCGUACAAGAGGCUUUAUUUAUGUAAAUACUAGAGAAAAUUGUGCCGUGAAAUGUUAAGCCUUUACCAGCAGCCUAACGAAAGCCUAAUAUAGUGAACUGUCGAGGAAAACUAUACACGGAAUAUCUGGAGUUUCGCUUGUUUAGGGUCGGCUCGGUUAGCAUAACUUGUUAGCCAGCUUAGAGGAGCUAAUACACUGAAGAGGUUUUAUCUCUGUUGGCUGUUUGGAGGAGAAAGUCUUUGAAAACGAAGCUGAACAUCGUUUUAGGAUGAAAUAACCUCCACAGCUGUCUUGGUAAGCAUGACAAGAGCGCAUGUCUGCGUUAGGCUCAUGAGUCGUGCUUGACAUGACAGCAUGUACGAUGGGCGUCAGCUGAGCCCCACUAUUUAUGUUUGUGUGUGUGUGUGCUUUGCUGAAAAGAUUUUAUUUUUGUGUGUUUUUACAGAGUAUUGUGAGGAAAUUAAACUUGAAUCGUGAUGCAGAAGCAAGCGGAGAAUGGAGGCGGAACGGAGGCGACUGUAGAUGUGAAGUUCACGGAUUUACCCAACGCCCUGAUCGCCUGUAAAGUACCUGAGGAUUUGUUUGAUGAAGGCAGUCUGAAGGUAAGACCUGAACAUUUACUGUCACUUCUCACUCACAGUGAAUUAUUUAUUCAUAAUGGAGUUAUAAUCAGACUUAUGCCAAGCAAAGACAGGGUUUCUGUUGCUAUUCUAUCAACCAGCCUUUAUUCUAGCGUUUACUUACGAAUUUAUAGCCAGCACCAUCAGGAAAUACUAAAACUAUGACAUGCGUCACUACCUGAAACGACAGAACUGAUGUAGAACACAUUUAAAGAAUAGGGCCAGAUCGAUAUGGAUAUUUUGGGGCCCAUGCCGAUACCGAUUAUUGGGGGAGUCCGAUUACCGAUUAAUGGUCCGAUUUUUUUCUUUUAUUUUUUAUGAAGUUAUAAAAAUAUAUACACACUGUAGAUAUCUACAGUAUACUUUAUACUACAUUAUACUAUAUACUGUAGAUAUACUGUAGGCUACUGCUCUUCACGCCUACAGGAAGACCGACUGAUCAAACUCGGACCCCUGAAAAUAUCGGCGAAAAUCGACAAGUAUUGGCCGAUUACCGAUUAGUCUCAAACGGGCUAAAAUUGGCCGAUUUAAUCGUCUCGCCGAUAAAUCGGUCGGGCCCUAAUAAAGAAACAGGGUUGCAAAUCAGCCAUGGCUAAAGCAUGUAUCUACUUUGUUUACAGUUUUGAAGCAAUGUCUUUAAAUACAUAACGCUCCACCAGUUUGGGAGGGUAGGCGUCAGCCCAGCUGCUGGUGAGGCAGCCUGUUUUUACAUUAUUCACACACAAUAUUCACAGAUAAAUAACAAACUUGACUGUCAGGAGACUGAAAUUGACACAAACCAAAAGUUCUUCUCACAAGCUUUAAAGAAGAAUUAAUGAAAAGAUGUCUUCAACUUUAUACCUGGUUAGUUAUAGUCAUGUCAAUAGAUGACAUGCUUCUGUGUUUUGGAUUCACUCCUCCCACUUCUCUGCUGUUGGAUUUUCAUGUUUAUGACUCUAGCUUUACAGCUUCUCUCACUAUCUAAUGUAUUGGCUGAAAAAGCAUAUUCCUGCUGCUUUAAUAUGAGUGUCCUGCUGCACUCAGGGUACCCCUGUUUUCUGUUGCUGUGGUGAUCAGUAAAUGCAAUGUGAUGCAAGUAAAUAAAUCAUGCUUGUUAAACUCUUUGCGUCUAAUAGAGACUUGCAUUUAUAAUGCACAUUAUUUGGAGGGGAUUGUCUUUUGUUAUUGUUAUAAAAUCAAGAUAAACUUUGCAGACAGCCUUAAAAGUUGGUAAAUAACACUGAAGCAUGCUUCUCCAGCACCAGAGCUGUAUCUAUGGCUUGUUAAUCCAACUAAUGACUGCUCAAACAAGCUGUGACUCACCCAUUAUUCAAGUGGAUCAUUGCACAAUUCAAUAUAAGUAGUUUCUGCUCUUCAGAGGCUGGUUUCUAAUCCAUGAGGCAGCUGUAUUUAGAUUUGAAAACAAUCAUAAAUAGCAGGGAAUCUUUUUCACACAUUUUGUUUUGUUGCAGUCUAAUGCAUGGAGGUACAGAGCUGGCUUUCUGUGGGUUGAGAGGCACUUUUCCACCACUAGAUGGAGUUACCAGUCUAAUAAUAUUCUUUGGAAACGACAGGCUUGACAGCUUAAGUAGUCACGUCCUGCCUCCUUAGUCAUCCCGAGUUAUUUAAUGUCUAAACUUGAAUAGCAUCAGUUUAAUUUUACUCCAGUGGAUGAGCCACAGGAGUGAAAUCGUCAGCCAUCACUGGGAAGUUUCCAAUAAUAUUCAGCUGUCAUUUUCUCCCAGUCUUGUGUAACACUCACCCUGAAUAUCAGAUUUAGAAACAGUCCACAGACGACCAAACCAGAUCCAUGAGGCGGCACACAAAUCAGGACGUGUUUCAGGGUUUGAUUGUGUUCCUGUCACUGUUAUUGAUUUCGCUUUGAAUGAGUAACAGCACAAAUCUGACGUACCUGAAGUCUUACUUAAACCGUUGAAGCAUCCUCUCCAUGGUGGAGUCACAAGUUUUGAAAUUCAGGGGAGCCUGAUGUCAAAAAUUAGGAUGCUUCACUAAACGUUCCUCAUUCUAGCGGCUGCUGCCAGGAAUUAAAACGUCAGAGAAGUAUAAAUCAUGACUCACUGGAAAUGGAGCGCUGCAGCAGAUAAAGCCGUCAUGUGUAGUCUACUUCGACUUAGCAGAUGAUGUGUGUUGAUUCCUUGACUGUGGCUCAGGUCGUUAUCACAUAGUAGCUCAAAGGUUACAAACUUGUCCGAAAUUGCUGUCUGCAGAUGCAGCCUGAGCGGUAGUCUACAGAAUCGUUAAGAGAAUCAUUAAGAUAAAAUGUAAAUGAUGUCGAUGGAUUGAACCAUUUGGAACCGGUUCUCAACAAGAACCGGUUCUCGAUUCCCAUCCCUACUGAGCGGUGAACUUUUGGUCUGAUCUCUGACUUUUUUUUUUUCCGUAUCCGGUGACCAAUCAGCAACUUUGAACACCUUGAGAACAGUAGAUCCUAAUGAGAAUCACAGGUCUAGUCCUAGUGAAACAUAGCUGUUGCCAUACCUACUUUAAAGGGUGACAUGCCUGAUCAUUGAUUGCAUUGUUGAGGGUCGUCGUCAUCCUUUUCUUCCGCUUCAUCUGGGUCCGGGUCGUGGGGGCAGCAGCUUCAGGAGGGAAGCCCAGACGGCCCUCACCCCACCCACUUCCACCAGCUCCUCCGGGGAGAUUCCCAGGCGCUCCUAGGCUAGGCGAGAGAAUACCUCCACCUGGUCCUGGGCUGGCCACGACUUUUCCUCCCGGUGGGACAUGUCUGGAACACCUCUAACGGGAGGCGUCCAGAAGGCAUCCUAACCAGAUGCCCGAGCCACCUCAGCGGACUCCUCUCGACGUGGAGGAGCAGCGGUUCUACUCUGAGCACCUCCUGAGUGUUCAAGCUCCUUACCCUAUAUCUAAGGCUGAGCCUGGCCACCCUUUGAAGGAAACCAAUUUCGGCCGCUUGUAUCCGCGAUCUUGUUCUUUCGGUCAUUACCCAAAGUUCAUGACCAUAGGUGAGGGUCGGCACCUAGAUCGACCGGUAAAUCGAGAGUUUCGCCUUAUGGCUCAGCUCUUUCUUCACCACGACAGAUCGGUUGAGCAUCCGCAUCACUGCUGACGCCGCUCCGAUCCGCCUUUCGAUCUCCCAUUCCAUCCUACCCUCACUCGUGAACAAGAUCCAGAGAUACUUGAACUCCUCCACUUGAGGCAGGACCGACCUGCAGAAGGCAAUCUACCAUUUCCGGCUGAGGAUUGUUGAGGGUUUUUGCAGAUAUCAUCAUGGGUAUCAGUUUUUUUUUUGUGAAUAUUAGAUCAUAUUUAUAUAUAGAACAAUCUCAUGGUGCUAGAGAGACAGGGAUGGAGCGUUUGCAUUAGAGGUGCAACAGUGUCAGUGUGGUUAACUAAAGCUGAUGGAAAAAUUAGUCAUCACCAGCGAAUUUAGUAGUCUUUGAGUCACUGGUGAUUCAUAGCACAAGCUGUCAUGCUAUGUUCGGACAUAAGAUUUUCUCUGGAGUUGAAUCGCUGAGGAGUGAGACAUCGUGCAGCCUUACUACCUUUGAUGAGAAAAAAAACGACCAGGAAGCGUCAUAACAGCACGGCGGAGACCAGUGCAGCAUCGUUGUGUGAUGCAUUUGACUCAAUGCUGCAAAGAAGCUGCCUGCAUGAUCUGCAGACUCGUUUGGAGGUUUUAAAAUGCCAGAAAACUCGUCAUUCCUCUGCUGAUUUUUCUCCAUAACCUAAUUUCGAUGAGAAGACGCGCUUGUUUACUUUCCCCGUGAGAAAGCUCGAGCAGAACUGCUGAGUUCCUGAUUGUGAUAGAGUCACAGGGUGUGUUGCAAAGCCUGAUUGGUGGUUUGAACAUUGCUUAAAGCUGUGUUUGUGUUUGUGUUAAGAUCCAUCAACAGUAGAGAGCGAGUCAGACAGUGGAAAAACAGACUCAGUGGAAAGCAGCCAGGCUCUCAAUAGGGAGCUCAUCAUGCUCUUUGUAUCAUUAGGAGAAUAUUUGUUUAAGGAAAAAGUUUUAUACGAAGAGCGGGAAAGACAACACCUUUCCUCCGAGACUCUUUGGAUUCCUCUGCAUCGCCAAAAAAAAGCAGUUAUGAUGUGUUAGGGUGAGACUUCGGAGGGAUCCUGGGGAGGCUGACAAACCCGACAGCCCAUUAACACAUACGUCUAAUUGUUGAUAUACACACGGCUGAUUUAGCAGACACACGCACACACAGGGCAGCAAGAUGAGCCGGUGUUUUGUGGCUGCCUGUAGGGGUUUGCUGACGCUGACGGAAAAGGAGAGACAACAGAGCAGAGAGGGGGCAAAGGGCAUCUAGUGAAAUAAUGACUCGUGUUGUCUUCGUGUUGUUUUUCCCCUCUUGCCUUUCCUCCAACCAUUCUGCUUUUUUUUCCACUGGGCAUUGGCAAGAAUUGGAGGGUCAGCUGACGGAUCAUAUGGCGAUAUGUUCCACUGAGAGACUGUGGAUGUUUAUGAUUUCACAAGAGUGAAUGAAUGUAACUCAGCGGUGAGAAGAAAAGGGGUCAAUUACACAAUUUAUGACUUUCCAUCCAUCAGAUUUUACAACCCUAAUUCCAAGAAAGCAGGGUCGAUGUAAAUGAUGUUAAUUAACAACACUCUGUAAAUGUUUGCUCUCCCAGGAAAGAUCCCAGUAAAAGGAUCCUGAAGUUUUUAUUUCAUGAUGCACUUUAAAGAGGACAUGAAACACACCACAUUGGCGUCCUCACAUGGUAAAAAAAAUCUAUUAGGAGAGAGUCUAAAAUAUUUUUUUGUGUAAAAAAUCAGCAUUUGAGAGUCAGGAAUAGUCGAGAGGCAUUCUUAAAAAUAAAGAUAACUUGGAUCAAUGUUUCAUGUCCUCUUGAAUGUUUUCAGCUGUCUAACUUUGUGAUAAUACUCGCUAAAAUUCAUAAAAAGCUGCAGGAUUUGAGCUCUCCUCACAGGCUGCAGAUCUAACAAAUCACCCAGUAUUUCCAGGCUUUUAUGUAACGCAGAGAAACGCUGGUUAGACCAGAACUAAAGCUGCCUGCUGCUUUGAAGGCCACUUGAGCACCCUUGAUUAAUCAAAUCAGUUACAUUGGUGCGGUCAGAUUGUUAGUCUCCAUCUGUGGAGGCCUCGUUCCCUGCAUUCACGCUCUGUAACAGAAUGAAAGCUCUUCAAUGAAUCUGCUAGCUGCGUUAUUAUAUGUGUAUUUCAUAGUUAACUAGGUCAGAUACAUUUUUUUUUCAAGGGCAUUCGUCCUCUUGCGGUUUCCACGGUCACAGUCUGAGACAAUCAUGCAUGAGCUGCAGAGAACAGGACAUGGAGCCACUUUACAGGAACAAAGCAGAACGUGUUUUCCGACGUGUUGUGCAAGUCGAACUGUUCUCAGCCUAAGUGGGGCAUAAAGCUGACUAAAAAGAGCAUUAAUAAACCAGCAUGGAAGAAGCGAUUUAGGUCAGGGAAAACUCUGAUGUAGGUCUGGAAAGUCUGGUGGACUUUUCCAGCAGGACACACCCAGCAGCAGCAGCAGCUGUGGAUGAGAUCCUCAGUAUUUAAGCUAAAGAUGAAAAUUCAGAUUUGAACGCCAAGUAAGUAAAGGUAAUAGAUGUGUGAUUGUAGUUUCCAGCAGGUCAGAACAGGUUUGGCUCGGAUGGAUAAGAGGAACUCAUUUAACUGGAGUUACACAAACAAGUUUUAAAGCAAACGGAAAAUCUGAGUACUUUGUUUUUGACCUCCACUGACUCAGAAUUGUACAACUCCACAGAAAGAGGGAGAGAUUUACGGUUGUUUUCUGCAAUUGUCUGUAAGUGCAGCAGUUGGCGGUGGAGCUGGAAAAGGGGCGGAUGUGUCAUCGUGGUCCUUGGCCCUCUUUUCCUGCUCAGAUGUGGAAUUUUGUUUCGAACCCCGAGGAAACAGCCUGUCAGUGGAGUCUGGCUUCCGUAACUUGACGCCCCUUUGGCUGGAAGCGGGUUAUGCGGCAGAACAGGCAUUCACUGGAGUGUUUGGAAAUUGAGAAUUAAGGAUGUGUCACUGGAAUCCACCGAAAAGUACGAGCAGUUUUAGCCUCUGUGUCAGUGGGGAAAGUAACAGUGACACAGAGGCGGGGGGCUAGUGUUUCACAUGAGCUGUAUGACGUUUUUGAGCUGGAUUAAAUAGUGGCGUUUCUUUAAAGCCGCGUGUAACCCACUGUUCAAGUGUCCUGUCUGUGUUGAGUAAUGAAGAUUUGUUCCUGCGUGCACUGUCCAUGCGCACACCUGUCCGUCUGCGCGUGCUGCCUGCCUAUCUGUCCAGUGAGGGAAUGGAAAAAACGGGGAGAUGAAACAAAAACAUAGUGGUGGAAAAAAUGCAGGGCUGAGCGUGCAAACACACACACACACACUUUGACACACAGUCAGCGGCCGCAGCAGUGUGAGGUUGAGGUCUGGAGAUGAUUAGCACCUACACACACACGCACACACGGACUCACACGGUAAUGUUUAACAUCAACAAACAACACUUACAUGAGAGCAUCAGCCUCACUGUUGGGAGGCUCGCCGACAUUACGCCGCUUUAUUUUCCACACACACAUUUUCCAUGCAGCAGCUAUUAGUCGUUAACACACCUGCACUCUGCCGACAUGUACAGUAUGUUGACAUGUCACACUAAUAGUUUAUUACGGACGCGUUCCGAACAGGGCGACGGCCAGAUGUCACUGCAUGAACAUGGCCUUAAAACACCUGUCAGCUCACGGCCACAUGGCACUGCAGAGGCCCUUUGUUUUUACGCAUGUGUUUCCUUCCACUGUCCAAACAAAUAUAGUAGCAGGUGAACAGAUUUCAGUUGCACUCUUUAUCCUCGCUCACAGAUACUUUUCUCAGUCAGUUUGAAACCAAAGUUAUGACCUGACCUAAAUAUGGAUGUGUGAUAACAGUUGUGGAAAACAGCUGGUGGGUUUCAUCCAUGAGUGCAUUAGCCUGUGUGACCUCCCGUAGUGUUGGAGUCAGUUUCAAGGAAACACAAGACUUGCAGGGGAUUUUUGUUAUUUUUGUUGCUAUGUACUCUUUGAGAAUGGAAAAAGCACUUGAUGGAGACCUUUAAAAACCCACACUUCGGUCCACUUUGGUUCUCAACAGAGGGAACAAAGGAAGUUUGUGCUGUAACUGUUGAACACACAUUAGAACCAUACCUUUCCAGUAGGCCUGGGUGAUUUGGCCAAAAUGAUGAUCACGAUAUACUUUUUCAUAAUGUCCGAUCUCGAUUAUUAUUCCGAUUUUUUUUUAAACUGCCAGUUUUAAAGCAUCUGUAAUUUAAACUAAAAAAUACUUAGAUAAAUACCAAAUAAGAUGUUAAAUAGCUUUUCUUCUCAACAGUAACAUCUUUGGAGGAUGACUCAAAGUCAUGGGUGACAUCUAUAAAAGCUAUAAAAGCUCGACUCUGAUUGGCUGUUGUGAUGCACAUUUUCGCCAUGUUUGAUCAAGUAAAUAAGCUCACAGCUUAUCACUGUGAUCGAACUGAAAUUUAUCACGAUCAUUAAUCACGAUCAUAUAAUCGCCCAGUCCUACUUUCCAGUAGGGCCCAACCAAUUUAUCGGCGAGACGAUUAAAUCGGCCAAUAUUAGCCUGUUGGAGACUAAUUGGUAAUCGGCCAAAACUCGCCGAUUGUAGCAGAUAUUUUCAGAAAUAAAAUAAGAAUAAGCUUCGGUUUCACUUCAAAAAUGUUCCGCCAUUUGUAAAGUUCCCCAACUUAUCCUGUAGAUGGCGCAGCGAGUAGUUGAAAAUGCUUUUCUGGUCCGAGGUUGAUCAGUCGGUCUUCCUUUUGGCGUGAAGAGCAGUAGCCUACAGUAUAUCUAUAGUAUAUAUAUAUAUAUAUAUAUAUUAUAACUUCAUAAAAAUUGUACAAAAAUCGGCUCAUUAAUCGGUAAUCGGAUUUUUUCCAUAAUCGUAUCGGCAUCGCCCCCCAAAAAUCCAUAUUGGUCAGGCCCUAGUCAAAAGGUCUUGAGUCGUAAGAAUUCAGGUUUUUCUCAGGGGUGUUAAGACUCUUCUGUCUCUCGUUGGAUCGUUGAUGUUAUUCAAAGGACUUAUGCCUCGUUAAGUGUCCGCUUUAGAGUGCAGUCGCUGAGCUCUCUGUCGCUAUUGCGUAAUAAUUAUUGCUUAAUGUCCCGCUAAUAACAAGCAUAAAAGCUUUUUGUGGUCAUGGGAACAUUCUGUACGCUCAGCAAGUCGAAUAAUGUGCAGCUUCCCUUUUUUAAUUUUUUUUUUUUUUUUUGGGUUGAGACUAAAAUCUGGAUUAAACGCGGCACAGCAGCGAUGCGCUUCACCUCGACCCCUCCCUCCCCCCACAAACAACACACACACACACUCUCUUAAAAUCACACACACACAGGUGCAAAUGUCUGGUCUUGUUUUUUCCAACUGCCGCCUGCUUACACACUCGCACACUUCCCCUCCACUUCAGGCUCGCCGCUAUUUAUACCUCAUAAAAGCAUGUUAUCAAACUGCAUACUUUCCAUGAGUAGCACCUCUCUCCCACCUCUUGUUUUUAUCCCCUCAUCCCUCCAUCCAGCAUUCUUCCUACCCGUCAUGCCCCUCUUUCCCUUUCCACUCUUUCACUCGUUUUCUAUUCCUGUCUCGCGCUCUCUCUCUCUCUCUCUCUCUCUCAGCUCAGCUCUCUCUCUCUCUCUUUCUCUUUGUCUCGCGUCUUUGGCUUCAUUCAUAUUUACUAAGACUGACACGUGUUUUCCACCUCUCGCUCCAGGAGUCAGGUGAUCUGUCUUUGGUAUGUGUGUGAAAUCAAAGAGGUGAAAGGCCCAUUGUCACACUUUUUCCACUCGACAAAGGAUUUUUGUCUUGAGUUUAAAUGCAACAAAAAGCCGAUUAAUGCGUCAGUUUGCUCCGCGGUGAGGUCAUUAUUUUCCAGUCUCUCUCUCUCUUUCUAUCUCUCUCUAUCUCUCUUUCUCUGAGGAGACACAUUGCCCUUCUUUCUGUCUGAUUAGUCAGCAUUGGCCAGUAUCAGUCAACGGAGGAAAGGAGGGGAGAAAGGAAAGGAAAGGAAAGGAGAGGCCGUCCCUCCUUCUUCUCCAGCUGAUUGGCUUGCAGUGAAUGAACGAAUGAAUGAGACCAGGACGAGGGGAGGGGAGGGGGGUUGUAAUGCGUCACCAGCUGGCAGGGGCUCAUUUAAGCAGCAGGAGAGAGAGCGAGAGGGGAGACAGAGCGCGCUCAGAGGAGAUUGAAUGACAUUUUUCGUCCCUUUACAUAAAAAAAAAUCCAGAAAAUUCCUUCAGCUUCGAGGCGUCUGCAGAGACUGAGAGAAAAGAAAACAGACUGAGCGCAGAAGCAGAAAAAUCCUGCAAGUGUUCGCAGAGGAGAUCCAGACUAGAUAACCUUGGAAUGUGGGUUAGGAGGUGAUGUGUUGACUGAGGUGACUUGAACGCAGCGUGGUGGAUCUCAGCGUCCUGGACUACCUCAAUAAAAAGAUCCACGUGGAGGAGACAAAAGCUGACCUGUUAAGGAUCACCUAAAACAUCCUCCUCGUCUGUCACCCUGGGGAAAGCAACGCUCCUCCGAUCCCCCCGAUUUCCCCCUUCCUCUUCAUCGUCAUCAGCACCGUCUUCAUCCUCACCCUCAUUCAAGAGUGUCACAGCGUCUCGCAGCGCCUUCGCGUCAGGCAUCAGGUGGAAAAGAUUCAGGCUACCGGGAUCGCCAAUCAUGCACAUCAAAACCACCAAGUGUAACCGCUUCUGCCUGGUCGCCUCGGUGACCAACCAGGAAGUGUUCACGCGACCGGAGGCACAGGUAAGGGAGCGCUCCUGCAAAGUAGGAGUGAAAAAAGCUGAAAAAAAACUCAGCCUCGCCUCGCGGUCGGUUCUGUCUGCACACGUAUUUUAAAGCAGUCAUGAUUAGUUUCACUGAGACAUUCAAGAAAAAGGUGGAGGUACAAUUUGAGAUAACCUUGGUGAUGUCAGAGUGAUGUCAUUGGCGUUAUCAGAGAAAUUCAGAGUAGUGUCCCCAAAGCAAAACAUAAAAAUCCAACCCAAACAGCUUCGAUAGAUUGAUAGAUAACCGCUUUUGGAAACGCGUAUCUACAUGGAUCAGCUGAGUCACUUUGUGUUUGUGAUCUGACAAAGAUGUGGACUUGUGCUCGAUUGGAUUGUUAUGUUGUUGGUUUAAAGCACUUUUAAUGAAAUGUGUGUUUAUUUAGUUCACUAUUUAAUCACAUGCUGGUGGAGCUCAUACAUGUCCAUGUGUGCAAAUGCAUCAGUCUUUGGCUCUGCAGCUCAUGUCCUCUCAAGCUGUGCACUGACUGAGUCAUAUCUCUCAUACAGGACAUAGAUAGAUCCCUCUUAUGCCCCCCCCCCCAGUAAAGACCAGAUUGUUUGAUUUUACAGAAACAUUCAAGUUGGUUUUGUUCGUUUCAUAUGUUGUAGUUUUCUAUGAUAAUACCACCUGUAACAGGACGAUUGUAUUUUUAUCCACCGGCUUCACCCUGUGACUGUGAAUGAACACCAGCACAGCCUGUGAUUGCCUCUGUGCUGCAGUGCAGUGUAGUGGUUACAAAAUUCUCACUGCAGAAGGCAGGAAUGACCCGCAAAAUACUAUUUUUAUCCAGAUAUUGAACUCAGAGCGACUGCUGCUGAUAAUUUAUCAUUUUUUAUGAAUCAUUUUUAGUCUUGAGCCUUGGAUUCAUCUUUCUUGGCUGCAGCUGGGCGUCAUAACCAAGUUGUUUGGACCAAAUCCAAGCUGUAGAGAAAUAAAUAAUCUCCACAGAGACCAGAAACAAGUCUGGAGAGAGUGUACAAACCUGACAACAUCCAGCUGUCAUCUCAUUACAAACCUAGAGUUUAGUCAGUGAGAUGUUCAUACCAAGGUGCUGAAUUUAAGGCACUGAAAUGAUCAUUAUACCAACAAGAGGAAACAACUCCAAAUUCUCUCUAUCAUUUUCCUUAAUUAGCGGACUCCUCCUGUUUGUCUAAUCUGCUGAAAUAACACCAGAAUAUGAUGUUCUGAUCUGAUGUUUCUGAGGGAAAAAAUAAGUUCUUUUGUGCCAUUUUGUUCCUUUUGAACUACUUUGAUGGGACAUGACAGGUGGCAACAAAGACUCUUUGCGUCACAGCGGCUCUAUUGAAGAGAAAACAGCAGUUUACGGAGGCAGGGAGUCAACUCUGCGUCUGGGCUCUGCAGCACCUUCAGGGCCGUGUGGGAUCGCCAACAGCUCAACGUUUUGUUUUGUUUUGUUUUGCGAACACAGCCUCGGCUUGAAUAGACGGAGAGGUCUGGGUUUCUAAAAGGGCAACUUUACCGUCAGAGCGGAGAAAGUGCGAGUUUGAACAGCUGCUGCUGCUUCAGGAGUGGGUGUGAUUAAACAGCAUCCAUAAUUUCAGACGUGCUGCCAUUUAAGUGUGUCCAGAUAAAUUGAAUUCUGUUUGUGUGUUUGUCCUUUCCAAUAGGGUGGGCAAGGUCAGCUGUCUCCUUCAUUUUUCACUCUUAAUUAGCUUCUGUAAUAAUAAUUGGGCGUCUGAAAUUGAGGCCAUAGCUCUCCCUCUCUGACGCACACACCGACACACACUCGCACAGGCUGCAGGCUCCCUAGGGAGAGGAGGAAGGACAGAUAUAGUGUCUGGUAAUAGAGGCUAUUUUUAUAGGUUUUAUUCUGAGAGGCUUCAAGUCUCAUAAUAGUAUUUAUGGCUGCCUUUGACCUGCAGUUUUCAGUAUUUAUAGAUAAGAGGAGAAAGAAAGGGAACAAAGUGAACGGCGCUGAUAGGGAGGAUGCGCUCAUUUUCCCGAUUUCAACCAUCAUUUGAGUCUUUGUUCCCCCUCCUCCCUCUCUGUCUGUCCAGGCCAGUUUUGAAGCCCUGUUCCGCUCCUUCGACCCUGAGGUGCAGUUCCAGUACUUCAAGUCCUUCCGGCGGGUCAGGAUCAGUUUCAGCGACGCUCUGGCUGCAGCCGAGGCCAGACUCCGACUCCACAAGACGGACUUCAACGGCAAAGAGAUGAGACUCUACUUCGCCCAGGUGAGGCUGCGAGAUGCAUCCUAAACCACCUGCUGCUUUGAUGUAGAAAAAAAGCAGCCGGGUCCUGUCAGAUUCUUUAAUCUCUCCUUUGCUUUGGUUGAUCUUAAAAGGAAGUGUGACUCGACUGUGUCUUUGCCCCUGCAGUCUGUGCACAUAGGAAGUCCACGUCUGGAGCCCCCGAAGCCAGAGAAGCAGUUCCUGAUCUCUCCGCCCGCCUCCCCUCCAGUGGGCUGGGAACAGUCUCAGGAUGCCACACCAGUCAUCAACUAUGAUCUUCUAUGUGCCAUCUCCAAGCUAGGACCAGGUAUAAUAACACAACACAGCGCAGAGGACUUUCAUAACACAACAGCAGAAAUCUCCCUCGCAUGAUGUAAAUUAAGUCCCUGAUUGUGUGACUCACAGGGGACAAGUACGAGCUCCACACUGCCACGCCCACCACCCCGAGUGUGGUCGUCCACGUCUGCGAGGACGAGCAGGGUGACAGCUCCGCACCCGACGACAGCGACCAAGACGACAAACCCCGCUCCCCUCGGCCGAAGAUCAUCCAGACGCGACGCCCCGACUACAAUGCCCCGGUGGAGCAGUGAGCGGCGACCGACAGGGGGCGCAUACAUCGUGACGGCUGUAACGUUUCAUCCUGAAGUGAUUUGACGAGAGCUGAACACGCUCUCAGGGCUUUGAGGAAGGUUUGGGGACUUUGAGGAGGCACCUGAGGGUGUUGCAAAGUCCUACAGACGAGCAUUUCAUAUGGCGAAGAGAGAAAACAUAGAGUGCUGCAUUCAUGUUCCGUGGGAAAGAAAGGAACUAUGAACUUCUAAGUGGAAUAUACAGUUCAGUUUAGCCAUCAAAUGGUACAAACAGCUUGUGAAUUUGAUGUUUGGGGAUGGAGAUGAAAUCAAUUUUCUGUUUUGAUGUGUAAAAAAUUAUGCAUACUAAUGAUUUAAGGCUAGCUAAGUUGGAAGAAGUCUAGUCGGAGGAUACAUUGCUGUUUUUUUUGUGUUUUUUGAGAUCAUGUGAAACAAAAAGAAAAAAGUGUGUUUUAUGGGAUAAAGCUGCUCAGAUACAAAUAAAAGCGGUUCAAGACCAUUGAAGUGAUUUUGGUUUUGGUUGUUCCCACAUGACAUGAAUGCAGCAUCAUUCUGACAAGUCAUGUUCCCUCAUGGAGAGUUUUGGGACCAGAAAAAAGGAGCAGAAUUUUUGAAGUGAUAAAUUUUAAUUUGGCAGACUGUUUGAUUUUCGCUUGGAUGCUACAUACGUGUAAGAGUCUGCUGUAGAGUUUACACACCGCUGGCAUGUGCUCUUUCACCUCUUUACAUCACGUCGGCGCUGCAGCUCCCCAUUACUCUUCACUGCUGUUUGAUGUCAGCUGUUCUGUGGUGGAUGUUUAGUCAAGUCAGAGCCCUCUUUGCUCACAUUUUUAAAUCGAAAUGUGACUCAAAGGGAGGAGUUUGGACCUGAUGUGAUUUGUCUGUACUGAUGUCUAACAGUGUUAUUCUGGGGUUGUUUCAGUUUUAUACUCUGCCUCCUGUGGUUCGUCGAUGUCUUCUUGUUGUGUAGAAAAAUAACCGUUGCUGUUUGACAUUUAAUGGAGCCAAAUUACUACUCAAUCACUAUUUUUUUUUAAACUUUUUAAUGUACAACACACCUAUGGCUCUCUCUGAAAAUGAAGGCUUAAACUUAAACUGUGGUAUGUUGUCGGUUUAAAAAUGACAAAAAUAAAACAGGGCUAAAUGUUAUUGUGAAAGAGAAGUUUGACAGCUAAAGCACUGUUACUUAAGGCUGUGUGUGCUCACAGGCCUUUAGUCAUGUAUUAGAAGCACUUGUGUGUAUAGGACCUAAGUGUGUCAUGGCUAGUUCACGCUUGGAAGAUAAUGAACUUUUAAACCAACCCAGCAUCCCUGACCUGAGAGCAUACCAGUGGAUUAAAACGCCCUUUUAAAUAAAAUAAAAAUGGAAAAAAGCUGCUUUUUUUGACAACGCAGCAUCAUCCUGUAGAAUGUAAUAAUGCUGCUUGUAUUUAGGUGAAGACAAUAUGGUUUGUUGCAUUACUUCGAGCUUUUAUUAGUUGCUUUUGUUUUAUAGGUUGUUUAUUUAAAGGGUAAAGUGCAUGUUAACUAGUGGAAGCAGCACUGUGAAGCACACGACGCACUGCCAGGAAGCCCAUCUGUCCCAGGUUAGAGGACUGGGGGUUACAUAAGGCUGUCAGUUUAGCUACUUUUUUACUACUGCUGUUAAAUUCAUUUAUCUUUGGACAGAAAAUGAGUGAACAUCAUUUAAGUUACCAUUCAAUAAAGAUUUGACUGUCUCAAUUCAAAU